GAUAUAAAUAGAGGUCGGGGUGUCCUGGGUUAUCAGUAGUGUCUAGUGCCUGACGAGGAUAAGUCACAAUGUAUAAACUGCUUGCAGGUCUGUGUUUGUUGGGGUGUGCCGUGGCCCAGAGAAGGUUAGGAGCUCCUCAGGCCUUCGCCCCCGGCCAAAUCGUCCCCAUCCUCAACUACGUCAACGACAACAACUUUGAUGGAUCUUACAGAUACAGCUACGAGACUGGAAACGGCAUUUCCGCACAAGAAAGUGGCUUUCUGAAGAAUCCUGGUCAAAAAGAUCUAGAGGCACAGACAGCUCAGGGAAGCUAUUCCUACACCGCUCCUGAUGGAACACCUAUCACGGUGACCUGGUACGCUGACGAAACAGGUUUCCAUGCCGAAGGAGCGCAUCUACCAACUCCACCACCUAUACCUGAGGCUAUCGCUAAGUCCCUGGCGCUCCAAGGGGGUGGAGCCCCUGGACCUAGGCCGUUUUUCCAAGGGAAAUAAGUUCACAAAUUAAUCACGAUAUGAACCAGUUACCUUUGUAACUAAUUGAACGACUUCUAUAAGAGCACUCUGUAAAUAAUAGGCACUAAAUAUGUUAAGCAAAAUGUUGCCUAAAAUAUUUGGAAUGAGAUUAAGAAAAUACUGGAUGAAUAAAUAAACUUAAUAUUAUGUAAGAUGUGUCUGUAGUGGGGCCAAUUAUAUUUUUUGUUAGCUGUAAAAAUGUUUUAUGAAGCUCAGUAUAAUUUGUGUCUAGUAUAAAGUGCUUUUGUAGGACUCGAAUGUAAAUUUGUAAUUAUCGACCCCAGUCGUGAUCCGAGUGAUGUAUUGUUUGUUAUUUUAAGUUUUUUUUACCAUGAAAUAAAAAGUUAUAACGUG